AUGAGUUUUGGCCUGCAAUUCUGCAGCAUCACCAUUGAACACAGACCCAACGGAAGCGGAGUCCACAAAAUAGUAAACAUUAAGAAAGCAAUAACUGCAGACCAGAUAACAGAAUGGUUUACAUUGGGCACCCAAUUUGCUAACAUUAGAAUCACAGAUGAACCUCCAAAAAAAGUAAAGUCGGAGGAGUCAUCAAGACCGAGCCCUGCAAAAGCUCCCCAACAGCAGGUCAGCCCAAAGAGUGAAGGUGGGGGACUGAGGAACAAGACAGGAAAGCCUGACUUUUCUGCGAGUGCGCCUCCACCCCCAUUGGCCAGUUAUGACUACCCCAGCUUGCCCAUCACAAAGAAUAGACAGGAGCUCAUCUCUCUGAUCGAGAACAACUCUGUGGUGAUCAUUCGUGGAGCCACAGGCAGUGGGAAAACUACCCAGCUGCCCCAGUUCAUCCUGGACUACUACAGCGAGAAGAAUGCCCCCUGUAACCUCAUGGUCACCCAGCCUCGCAAAAUAGGCGCCAGCAGCAUUGCCCGAUGGGUUGCCAUAGAGCGCAAGUGCACCCUGGGUAGUCUGGUGGGAUACCAGGUGGGCCUAGAGAAGAUGGCCACUGAACACACCAGACUCAUCUACAUGACCACUGGGGUGCUGCUGCAGAAACUGGUCGGAGCCAAGAGCCUGACUGAGUACUCCCACAUCUUCAUAGAUGAGGUCCAUGAGCGGACGGAGGAGUUGGACUUUCUCCUGUUGGUUGUGAGGAAGCUCCUCCAUUCCAACUCUCGUUACAUCAAGGUCAUCCUCAUGUCAGCCACCAUCAACUGCAGGGAGUUUGCAGAGUACUUUGGCACGCCUAUCUGCAGCCAGAUGAACCCAGCCUAUGUGUUUGAGGUGGAGGGGGCUCCCUACGCCAUCGAGGAAUUCUACCUGGAUGACGUCUGCAGCCUGAUUCCUUACAGGGUGGGUGGGGAAGUGGAUACCCACCAUCCAGAUGAACCUUACAUCACUGUGGAGAUGUACAACGUGGCUGUCAGCCUUAUCCAGAGCUUUGACGAGCUGGAGGCCAAAGAUCAGAGCAGGACUGAGCGGGAGGGAGGCCUUUCUCUGCCAGACCGAGGCAGUGUGCUGGUGUUCCUUCCUGGUCUGGGUGAGAUCCACUACAUGCAAGAGGCCUUGUCUAAGCUGGUGCGCAAGAGACUGCAGGUGUACCCUCUCCACUCCUCUGUCACUCUGGAGGAGCAGAACGGGGUGUUUCUGGUGCCUGUCCCAGGGUACAGGAAGAUCAUCCUCUCCACCAACAUUGCAGAGAGCUCUGUUACAGUCCCAGAUGUCAAAUAUGUGAUUGAUUUCUGUCUGGCGCGUCACAUGGUCUGUGACAAAGAGACCAGUUACCAGUCCCUCCGCCUCACCUGGGCCUCCAAGACCAACUGCAACCAGCGCAGAGGCAGGGCUGGGCGAGUGUCUAAGGGCUACUGUUACCGGCUGGUGACCAAGGAGUUCUGGAGGAAUGAGAUCCCAGACUAUGUGGUUCCUGAGUUGGUGCGUGCCCCCCUGGCCAACAUCAUGCUGAAGGUGAAGCUACUGGACAUGGGUAACCCCCGCUCCCUCCUCUCCACUGCCCUCUCACCCCCCAACCUCAACGACAUCGAGAGGACUGUUCUCCAGCUCAAAGAGAUGGGCGCACUGUCCCUGGGGAACAAUGGGCAGGGCCAGAAGCGUUUUGAUGGAGAGCUGACGUUCCUGGGUCGGAUGCUGGCUCACCUGCCUGUGGACCUGCACCUGUGAAAGAUGAUCGUACUCGGACAUGUCUUUGGCUGUCUGGAGGAGUGCCUCAUCAUAGGUCAGAGCAAGCUGUCCUUUGCACACGGUGUGCCGAGUGAUUCCAUUGCUUUUGUCAACGCAUUCAAGGCUUGGCACACGUCCAGAAACAAGGGAGAGUUGAGGCACCCAAAGGAUGAGCUGGAGUGGGGCAAGGAGAACUGCAUCCAGAUCAAGAGGGUAAGAGAGGUGGCCGAGCUCUAUGAGGACCUGAAGAAGAUGUCCCAGUUCAACAUGCACGUGAUUGAGAACCCAUUGCCCAUGGACUACUCCAGCCUCCACAAGCAGAGAUUCAUCUUGCAGGUGGUUAUUGCUGGUGCCUACUACCCCAACUACUUUGCCCAAGGGGAAAUGGAUGAAGAGCUGGCCUCCAAAGACCUGUCUGGCCAUGAUCCCAAAACAACAGUGCUGGUGAGGAACCUGCCCCCCUAUAGUUUCCUGUACUAUAAGCAGCUGCAGUCCCUGUUCCGCCAGUGUGGCCAGGUCAAGUCCAUAGCCUUUGAUGGAUCCAGAGGGCAUGUGGAGUUCUACCAGACGACUACCCGGUGGUCGGGGGUCCUCCCUGAGGUGUCACUGGCCCUCCUCCUGGCCCACCAGAGGCAUCCUCUGGACCUGUUUGUGCACCCCAGUGACGAGGUGGAGGCCCGCGCUGGGAGCAGGACCGUCUGCCACAUGAGAUGCGCUCGGGUGAAUGUGGACUUCCAGGACAACUCAGUCUACCCAGUGGAGGUGCUGAGCAGUACCAUCGACCCAGACAAGCUGCCUUCCAACCCCAUCUUCGUGGUCAACAUCACAGAAGUGGUGGAGGUGGGCCACUUCUGGGGCUUCCAGGCAGGCGAGGCCAGCAUGGAGAAGCAGUGCUAUCUGACAGCUGAGAUUAAUUCUCGUGAGCUGUGUCCAGUUCCUGUCUCCCUCUACCCCAACCUACUGUGCCUGGCACCUUUCUCUGAGGGCGACGAGCAGGGCCUCUACUACCGUGCCAAGAUCCUGCACGUCCGCGGCAGCUCUGUGGAGGUGUUCUUUUUGGACUACGGAAACACCACCCUGGUGUCAUGCAGCUGUCUGAGGGAGCUACCUGCUGAUAUCAUGGCCCACCCAUUGCAGGCACAGGAGUUUUGUAUCUCGGGGAUGCAUCCAUCAGCCCAGUCCAUGAUCCUGGGGGACCAGUGGAGCAGCCGCGCACGCAACCGCUUCAUAACACUAGUGAACGGCCGCUCACUCAUCGUCUCCCUGUUCUCUAUCCUGCACGGCAUCAUGCACGUGGAGCUGCUCAUCAACACCGACACGGUCACCUCCAGUGUGGCUGAUAUCAUGAUACAGGAGGGACACGCCGUUAAGGCCGAAGAGAGCUUUGAGUCCAAGCAGAGCCACGAGGUGCUGGUGUCUCUGUAGAAAGACUUGCAGGACGGAACCUUCACCCCCAACGCUACCAGCAGCUCCUGGAAGACCAACAAGGAGAAAGAGAAGCAGCUCAUCGACAGCCUGCUCCAGUCCUUCUCCAAGACCAGCCGGUCCUUUCUGAAGAGCAAGGUUCCUGUGCAUGGCCCAUCCAGCCCUCACAAAGUCAACUUCCACAGCUUUUGCAAUGUCAGCCACUACAGGUCGGUGCGCAUAGAAAAGGACAGCAUCAACUCAGUGGCGUUGAAUGACAGUCCUCAGGACAGCCAUCAGAGGAUGCUGGUGGCCGGCGGAGUGUCUGUCAGUGCCACAGGCGCAUGCAUUCUACUGAAGGAGACUACGCUGAUGCCUCACAUCCACGGCCUGCCUGCUCUCAUCACCAUGCUCUUCAGCCCUGUCAUAGAGCUACGCACCAACGAGGAAAGGACCAGCUACACUGGCGCCCUCUGUGGUCUAGGGUGGAACGUCCAGUCUCGGGAGGCUGUCCUGCCUGAACAUGACAUAGAGCUCGCCUUUGAUGUCAAAUUCAAUGUAGAGGACAUCACAGAGAUCAAUGCGUUGCGUGGUGCCAUCAACCGUCUGGUGUGUGAGGGGCCCAACGGUCCUCUGCACCUGGGGCCUGACAGGAUCAACAGCCUGCAGAAGGACUGUUGCGAACGCCUCGUCAGGUUAUUUACCAAGUCACCCCCUCGGGAAGACCUCGUUCCUGUGUACUAUGAGGAACCAAAUAAAUGGAACCAGGUGGAUCCCAGUCAGAAGAUGGAGAUUGUCCAGAAGGAAGAUGGAAAGAACAAAGGUGUCCUGUUCCAGCUACACCCUGUCACACUGCUCAACAUGUGAGGCCAUUCUAAAGCAGCAACCAGAAGCACAGCAUGCUGUUGUUUUCACCUUGACUACCAUUAUUUAUGUUUUACAAGAUUUUCUUAUGGAACCCUCAGGGAGGACAUUCUCUUUUGAUAAUUGUGGUAUUUAUUUGGAUCAUUUUUGCACAUGGUCCUGCCAUGCUUCUCAUGUCCUGAGUUUUUCUUCAGCUUUACUAUUGCUGUGUUAGGUGUUUGGAAAGUAUAACUUUCUAAUUUUAGGAUAUAAAUCAUUGAUAUUCAAGGAAUGGAACUCCUUUUCUUUUGUAUAAAUUAAUCGACUUAAAGUCAAGGUAUGGUGCUAGCUUUAGUUUAGUGACCUGACAGCCAAGUUAAAUUUGUCACCUCAGCAUACACGCAACAGGAAAGGGCCUUCUGUGCCAGAAGGUAUCUAUGUUUGUUCAUAGAAUGUUAUUUCAAAUCACUUUGGAUAUUUAUCCAGUGUUGUAUGCACUCUGUACCAUUACGAAACAUCUCGUAUGUCCUAAUAUUUCUA